AUGACCAAGGGCGAAGUGCAAGUUAAUCUCUUAGUAAAUUCAGCACCUCGGCCUUCCUUUGUCAGAAUUCAGGAGAUGGGUAUGGAAACUACCAAAAAUAAUGUGAAAUCGAAUCAAGUGUUGAAAAAGAAAACAAGAAGGAGACGUAGGACGAAGAAAUCAAAUCUACUGCAAGAUAUUAGUCUAUCUGAUAACCUGCGUCAGGAAUAUGGUCAGAGUGACACUAAGCAUAUGCAUAGAUUGUCAACUUUAAGUCUAGUUGAUGAAAGAAGUGAUGACAUAGUAGUUAUUUCAUCAGGAGCUGUUAAAACUAUGAAUGAAGUGGACCACAGCUCAGGGAUUUCAAAUAGGUCAAUUGUGAGAGCACCUGUUUGUGAUAUAGAGAAAAAGCUUCUUAUUCUUGAUAUUAAUGGACUACUUGCGGAUAUAGUCUCUCCUCCUCCAAAGGGACUUGCAUCUGACAAACGAAUUGCAGGCCGGGCAAUUUUCAAGAGGCCCUUCUAUCUUGAUUUUCUUAAGUUCUGCUUUGAGCAUUUCGAAGUGGGUGUGUGGUCUUCAAGAUCCAAGAGAAUUGUGGAACGAGUGCUUGAUUAUCUGAUGGGUGAUAUGAAGCACAAGUUGCUGUUUUGUUGGGAUCUAUCCCAUUGCACUGCAACAGGUUUCAGGACUCAAGAAAAUAGGCAUAAGACCUUGGUUUUUAAGGAACUGAGGAGAAUAUGGGAAAAACACGACCCUAGUCUUCCAUGGGAGAAGGGCGUUUAUAAUGAAUCAAAUACAUUGUUGUUGGAUGAUUCCCCCUACAAAGCCUUGCUUAAUCCUGCACAUACUGCAGUCUUUCCUCAUCCAUACACGUUCCAACGAGGGAGCGACACUUCGUUAGGUCCUGGAGGUGAUCUUCGGGUCUAUCUGGAAGGGUUGGCUGCUGCUGAAAAUAUACAGGAGUUUAUAGAGCAAGAGCCAUUUGGCCAAAGUCCUAUUAAUGAAAGUAGUGCAUCUUGGCCCUUCUACCUCAGGGUUCUUAGUACGGUGUAUGCUGUAGAUACCACCAACGUGACCAACAUGACCUGUAAUUCUUCCGUUCUGCGUUAG